AUGCUGGGGAGACGCAUCGAGAACCGAUUGAUGGCGCUGCAGGUCCACAUGGAAGGUCAACUGCGAGUGCUACGCAACAUUUUGGAAACCCGGAUUGAACAUAGGAAAAUCGCAGAUAGAAUCAACAAGGCUGUCUUCCAGAAGAUAGGCUCCAGGUACUUCUAUGUUGAGAAGAAGAACAAGGAGAGUUGGUACUCUGCGGCGGACAGGUGUCGUCAGCUGGGCGGCCACCUGGCGACCAUCCAGGAUGAGUGGGAGAUGGAUAACGUCUUUUCGGGAGUCCAGCCGGGCUCCUACUGGGUGGACAUCUACAGCCUGGGCGGAGAUGAGGGCCCCUACUUUUCCUCACUGUCCGGCAAAGAGGUCAAGUACUUCAAGUGGGGUAUUGACCUGCCCAAGUUUGACCACAAUCACUGCGUGAAUAAUGGUGACUGA